AUGGCGGGGUGUCGAUUCUACCACGAGAAUGUUAUAGAUCACUUUGAAAACCCUAGAAACGUUGGGUCCUUCAAGAGGGAGGAUCCCAACAUUGGCACAGGACUGGUUGGAACACCUGCCUGCGGGGACGUGAUGGCCCUCCAGAUUAAGGUCGAUGAGUCCG